GCCUACUAAGCAGCUACUGUUUGGUAGCUAAAAUGCCACUAUAUGUCAGUUGCCUUAGCACUGGUAUGGCCUAGCCAAAGACAGUGGUUGUGUUCAUAUAAACUGUACACAGACUGCUGAUAGCACUUCUCAUUUCUCACCUCCCUUAAUCUGAAUAGUAAUAGCCCAUACACUUCCUGCGUAUGUAUAUAACCCUUGGUCUUUGUACAGGGUAGUAUCACAUUGUCUCCAGACCCACACAAGGCCAGGGCUAUAAAGAGUGUAUGGGAGAGACUUGGACAGAUUAGGAGGAAAGAUCAAACGUCAGGGCUCUCAUGGCUCACUUCAACACAGGAGGAGGCAGCCACAUGGAGGGAGGGGUUCACCCUAAACUGGUAUCCCACUCCACUAGUUCCCCUCUCUUAGCCAAGCUAGCUGCCCUGGAGAAGAGCCGAUCAGGAGGAGCCCUGACCACCACUAAAUCCCCUGCACCUAAGCCUGUGUUUCAGAAGAAAUGUGAGACCGCAGCCAGAGAAGAUGUAGGAACCUCGUUCCCCAAACCCCAGUCCUUCAAACUCAGGCCUGUGGAGACCAUCAGGGACACAGCGUCUUCAGGGCCUGAGUCCACUUUCACCAGACCUCCACUGAAAAGGUGUCCUGUCAACACAGCCUUUCUGGACAACGAGGUCCAACCGGCUCCGGCCUCAGGCUCAGCCAAACCCCCGUGGGUAAAGGACAGUGAGUCAGAAAACACCCCUACAGUCCCUAAACCGCCCAUAGCCCUCAAAUCAAAGAUCUCCAUCUCAUCACUGCAGUCCAACCUUGACCAAGGGACCCUAAAGGAACAUCCAACACCAUCCAUCCCCAAAUUGCCCCAGCUCUCCAUCUUCAAAUCCCUUCCACCCGUGGCUCAACAGAACUCCCUCACAAGACAGGGAAGUGAAACAAGCCUCCAAACUUUGAACUCUAGCAACUGCAUGCCUCCCCAACCUCCUCCCACCCUGGAACCCAACUUCCUGACAGCGCAAGCUGGAGCGAGGGAUGAACUGGUCCCUCAUGAAGAGAAUGAUGAUCCCUCGGCCCCUAAGAGGAAACCCCUGCCUAAUGUAUUUUCCCUGGGGGACCCUCCUCUGAAACCCAACAGGCCUCCCCAUGUUACCUUACAGAGGUUUCGGACUGAUGGUCCAGAGUUGAGUACAGCUGGGCCUCCUCCCUCUCCUCUUGCUCCCCACACCAGCAAAUUCCCUGCACCUUUGACCCCCUGCCUACUCUCUAAGGCCCCUGCAGUUAGAAUCCAGGCCGACCAGGAGGAGAGCUAUGACGACGUUGGGGUCAUGAAUCUCCCUGCACCCCUUCCCCCUGGAGGACAUCCCAACCUGAAAAUUGAGGUGGAGUUGAGUGAUGAAGAGAUGUAUGAAGACUUAGAGGAGAGAUGGAUUGAAAAGGAGGCUAAAGGAUCGAAAGAAAUGAAAGGACAAGAGAAGAAGAGCGACAAAGAGGAGAAGAGACGACUAGAGCAGGAGAAAAAAAUGCAGAAAGCCAGAGAGAAGAAGGAGCAAGAGGCAAAGAAAAAGUACAAGCUCUCAGGGCCGAUUCAGGUGAUUCACAAAGCCAAGGCUCGGUCGGAUUGUAAAGGAGGAAAGACUGACCUGCCACUAACGCAGGGAGAGACUAUAGAUAUCAUACGCAUCACUGACAACCCAGAAGGACGUUGGCUGGCCAGGAACAAUGAGGGAAACUAUGGCUAUGUAAGGACUGAGUCAGUGGGCAUUGACUAUGACCUUAUAAAGGAGCAGAAGAAAGAACCCCUAUCUAACGAGUCUGAGGGAAACCCUGAGGUUUAUGAUGACGUAGCCAUCCAGGACAACGCCUGCAGUGGGAUCAAGGUCCAACAAGCUGAGGAUGGUGAUAUCUAUGAUGAUGUGGACGGAUCGACUCAAAACAGAUUUCCUCCUCAACCACCUCCAGUGUUUAUAGAGGGAGACAUGAUAUAUGAUGACGUGGAGUCCCAGAGCAUUCCUACCCCUCCUCUUCUCAACAGUCUCCCUCAGCUGACACCUAAGGGAACGCAAGAGGUGAUGGACCCCAAGAAGAAAAAGAAGUUUGAGAAAGAGGAAAAGGAAUUCAGGAAGAAAUUCAAACUCUCUGGGCCGAUUCAGGUGAUUCACAAAGCCAAGGCUCGGUCGGAUUGUAAAGGAGGAAAGACUGACCUGCCACUAACGCAGGGAGAGACUAUAGAUAUCAUACGCAUCACUGACAACCCAGAAGGACGUUGGCUGGCCAGGAACAAUGAGGGAAACUAUGGCUAUGUAAGGACUGAGUCAGUGGGCAUUGACUAUGACCUUAUAAAGGAGCAGAAGAAAGAACCCCUAUCUAACGAGUCUGAGGGAAACCCUGAGGUUUAUGAUGACGUAGCCAUCCAGGACAACGCCUGCAGUGGGAUCAAGGUCCAACAAGCUGAGGAUGGUGAUAUCUAUGAUGAUGUGGACGGAUCGACUCAAAACAGAUUUCCUCCUCAACCACCUCCAGUGUUUAUAGAGGGAGACAUGAUAUAUGAUGACGUGGAGUCCCAGAGCAUUCCUACCCCUCCUCUUCUCAACAGUCUCCCUCAGCUGACACCUAAGGGAACGCAAGAGGUGAUGGACCCCAAGAAGAAAAAGAAGUUUGAGAAAGAGGAAAAGGAAUUCAGGAAGAAAUUCAAAUUUGAAGGGGAGAUCCAGGUGUUAUAUGAUGUUACCAUAGAUCCUACCUUGGCCAGUAAGAAAUGGGGGAACAAAGACCUGCAGUUGAAGCCAGGAGAGGUGAUCGAUGUCAUUGUGAAGCCAACAGAUGGCAAACUGAUCGGCAGGAACAGAGACGGGAAGUUUGGUUAUGUGUCCAUGGUCAAUGUUGCACAGGAUGGUGGAGAUAUUUAUGACGACAUUGGAGAAAACUGCAUUUAUGACAAUGACUGAGACUUCUUUGUCAGAAUGUACUGAGACAACCAGCACUGAACUCUGCAAUGGACACUGCAACUGGUCAUCUUAAUGUUAUCUGGUGAAAAAAACAAUUGACAUCAAAUGUGUAAUUUGACUGUGUUGAAAUAACUAUAGAUAAAUGUGCCUUGACUA